AUGGGCACAAAAUACGGCUUGGAUGAUCCGCAAGGGGACCUUGCUACAUAUUUCGAGAAGAGCGCGACUCUUGUACGGCAUUUGUUCGAGCGGCUUGAAGAAGAUUAUAUUGGCCCGUGGAUACAGCUUGCUCGUGAAUCCUUCGCAGCGUAUCCUAUCCCCGUGACUUUUAUCGCAAUCUUCGCCUCUCUAAGUUUCAUUCCUAUCAUCACUUUUGUGGUAUUCUCGCUGCUCAUAGGUGCAUCGUUUUUGUUUUUUGCCCUUUGCGUCGCCUUCACCGCAUCAGUAUCUGUUGUGCUCUUGUUCGCCGCCAUCUUACUCCUCACUCUUACGGCGAUAUUCUUCAUCUCGGCUUUCUUCACAGUAUCUGGUCUCACUGUCUACCUAUCCACUCGCCUCCUUCUACACCUGCGUGCUUCGGGCUUGCAAGGCCUCGACAUAUGGAGAAACGAAGCCAGACAGAUAGUGUUGCACGUGCGAUCGGCUCCGGUGCCAGCUGAAGAAUCGGACGAGUUCUCAGACGAUUCCGCAGUCGUCAUCAAAAAGGAAGGGGCCGAAACGGACAAACUCUCUGACGCCGAUGUUGUUUACCCUUCUGCUACCAACGAUGCGCAGAAAAAUGAGGUAUAUGAAACGAAGGAUGAAAUAAACGCAUGA